AAAGUGAGUCACAAAUCGAGGGUCGAAUGAGCAAAAGCAUAUAGACAAAACCCUAGUCCAAACUUGAGAGACUCCGUAGUUUCUCCUCCAAAUUCACCAAACUAUGGCAAGGAGCAACGCUGCAAAAAUACCUGAAGAAAUCAUAUUUGACAUACUUUUGUGUCUGCCUGCAAAGUUCAUAGGCCAAUGUAGGUGCGUAUCAAAGCAAUGGCGCAAGUUUCUCUCAGACCCACAAUUCAUCAAAGCUCACCUCGCUCUCCGUUCCCACAAACAUGAAGAAGAUAAGCUCAUUGUUGUUGAUUGUUCUCUUCACACUAUCACCUUUACCCACAAUCCCAAAGAUGAUUUUGAUGCCAUAUCAAGAAAGCUUGAUUUUCAGUAUCUCUCAGACAAUUGGGUAAGUGUUGAUGGCUCAUGUAAUGGCUUGAUCUUGGCGAUUAAUAGGGAAAGGGUUAAAUAUUUGAUCAACCCCACUACCUUAAAGUACCAUAAAAUUCCAAAUUUUCAUUUGGCUCUUCCUGUGCCUGGUAGUUUUAGCAUGUAUGGUUUUGGGUACGAUGUUGUUAGUGAUGAUUAUAAGGUGGUUGCUCUUUCUUAUUAUAAUGCUGUGGAUGAGACUGUUAUAGUUGACACUUUUGUGGAUAUCUACUCUGUAAGAAAAGGACUUUGGAGGAGACUUGAGAUUUCUCCUUAUGAUCAUUCAGUAACUGACCUUGCUUCUGGGGUUUUGGUAAAUGGGGCUUUGCAUUGGUUGGCUAGUAGUAAAACUUCUGAUGAGUCAUGUGUAAUUGCUGCUUUUCAUUUAAGUGAUGAGAAAUUCUUGGAGGUGCCAGUACCUUCUAUGGAUUACAAUUACUCUUUGUUUGAACUUGUGGCUCUUAGAGGGCGUCUUUGUAUGUUCACCAAUUUAACUGUAGACACAAUAACAAUCUGUUUGAUGGAAGACUAUGGGGUUAAGGAGUCCUGGACCAUAUUUAGGCUUAUGGCACCGAGUUUACAUGAUUAUUUUUGGACACCAUUGUGUUCAAUGACCGAUGAUGAUAUAGUAAUGGAUGUCGAAGAAAAGUUGGUUCUUUACAAUAUGAAAGAGAAUGAGUUGUGGGAUCUGAUGGUUGAUGUAAGUCCUGCUUUGGAUAAAGCUCGAACCUUGAUAGAAAGUCUUGUCUGUCCUUCCUUUGGCAAUGGAACCGAGGGUUAAUAUGAUGCUUGAUGCGCGAAAUGCUUGUCUGUAUAAUGCUUGUCUGUAUCCAGUGCAGGGCAGCCCCGUGUACAAGGCAUCCUGCAUUCACCUAGGGUAAGGGAAAGGGCACACCCUAAGGGGUACCCUGUCAUCAAUUCAACCAUUCGAAUGGUCUCCCCUAAGGAGCAAUUAAUUCGAUCAGAAUAGUGGAAUGGAAGGCAGUAAAAGAAUUAAAUACUCCAUUCUUUUCCAAUCGCCCCGCGAAGAUAGACGUUUGGAAAGGUUCUCGAGAUUCUCAAUCGCUCUUUUUAGUGGGGAGAAAUAGUGCGAUACCUAAAGAAGAAUAAAGAAAAGGAAAACAUUAUUGUAAAUGUCACGAGAAAUGGACUCACUCUACAAAUAAUUGUGUAAAUUUCAGGAAUCUGAUUCAAGAUUACUUUGACAAAGGUUUGUUCCGGAUAGCAGGCCGACCAAUGGGAAUCGAGACAUCACCGUUUGCGGGAGCAGUAGAGAUCAAUAUGAUGUCUGCUGACCUAAGGAAGUUGUCUAACCCACAGUAAGAGUUGGAGGCGGCUGAGCACAUCCCACAAUAGUCAAGCCCAAAUGCCUUUUUCUUUAUUCGGAUUCUGCUUGAAACUAGUCCCGUCUUCGCAGCUUUUCUAAGAAGUUUCGUUCCUAUCAAUAGAAAGAUCUCUUUCUUCUAGUCGUGGCUUCAUCUGCGGCGCCACAAGCAGCAGGUAGUUGCUUCGAUGACUCUGAACGGAAACAAGCUCGAAGGUUCCCCUUCAAACCCGUGACCUAUAGGUCACAGGGAACUCGUGACCUAUUGGUCCCCAUAUUUGAUUCAAUAAAAUGAAUGCUACUGGCCCAUAGAUUUUUGUGAAUGGAAAUUCUUCCUUCAUGGAGAAAAUAUACAGUGAUUACUUUAUCUGAAAAUAUACACUGGUUCUCAAAAUAAUCCAUUUUUUUUCCGGUUUAUUAGAUUUUUAAUGAGAAGUAUAAGAAGAGUAAUUUAACUUUGAGCAUAUGCUGUCUCGAAAGGAAGUGUUAAAUGUUUCAUCUCUUCUCUGAAUCAUGAGCUAAUCCGAGAAUAAAGUAACUCAUCUAGAAUUAUUA